UUUUCUAUUACGACGUUCAUGAUGGCAUCACCAGCUUGGUGUUGAGGAGUUUUACAUAUAGCUUUUCUUUUUUUCAACUCUUUUGUCUUUUUUUGGUGUACAUACACGCUACUUUGAACUAGAGCGGGCUUUUUGUUAUGGAUUGGACGGGAUUGGAUGACAGAUGGGUUUUCCUGUAUAGAGUACUUUGUGAUGGAGACGCUGCUUUGCGAUAUGGUGGGGAAUGUCACAUAUCAUGACUGUUUUGGCUUGAAACGUCUAGUACUUGGUCUUAAUUGGUGUUUAAUUUGUGUUGUAACCUUUUGUUUCCUUCCCUCUUAUCUUCACGCCCUCUUGUUAUUGUACAGCCAGCAAUAUCCAUAUAUGCUGAACGCUAGAUGAUACAUAUUUGCCUUACAACGUCGUGACAUCGUUUAUCAAAUUUUCCACGUCAGUCUUUUUCCUCU